AUGAAAGCUUUGCAGCAAAAGAUCCAUGGCACUCUUGACGAGGCUUUGUAUGUGCGCGAGGCUUUGUGUGCGCAGCAUGACUUGUUGAUCCCUGAUUUGCUCAGGCGGCUUCUGGACAUGGCAACUGGAGGUCGGAAGACAGUUGCUUGUGAUGAACCGAAGUUUUGGUCCAAUAACUACAAAGGUCAAAGGUCCCAUUUGUUUCAGCAGCAGUUGAUUGUGAAUGUGACAAUCUUUAAGAAACUUGUGCAGGUUGUGCAGCAGGGCUUGACCAUGGUUUUCGACAAGACAGUCCAAGCAUUGGUGGUGGAAGAAGGCAUGUCGCGCUCGGCUCAGCCUGUAGAAGACAGGAUUAGUUUGCGAAAGGAAGCGUCAGAGCUGCAGGUGCAGACAGCCGAUGACCAGAACAUGGCAAACGAUGUGAAGAUGUAUGCAGCGGGCUACAUCGAAGGUUUGCUGACGUGCGUGAGGAUUUCGGAAUUCUACUCCAACAGCCAAAAGCUUCUUCUCCUCAAGGACAAGACAGCCAAUGCAUUGCCAGCCAUCAGAAAGCUUUUUCAGAAUCAGUUGGCAUAUGCCCGUUCUAUGACGAACAUGGAGUAUCAUAUUUUUGCGGAAGAACCUGAAGAUCCCUACUGGAAGCAGGUUCGCUACGCGUUCUUCCAAAUGUGGGGCGUGCUCGACGGUUACAACGCAGCAUCUUUGCGCUUCGGUGGAGAGAUGCUGGAGCUGGACGACAUGCUUCUGAUAAAUGCUGGUGGAGAGCUGUCACAGCUCAUGCAGGCCUAUUCACUUGAGCACCGGCAACAUCGUGCCGCUCGAUCCCAGGCACCGUCAUUUCUUCAGCAGCGCAGUCACAAUCGACGAUUGGACCCACUGGAUGACCUACAUUGGGAGCGCCGGGUCAUGGAGAGUGGCCGGUGCUCUGCUUUGGUUCGUCUUGGAGAUGGAGAUACGGACCUUUUUAUGGGCCAUACCACUUGGGAUGACUACAGCAAGAUGACAAGGAUUUUCAAGUUUUACAACUUUUCAUUGCCUGCAGCCGAGACGUCGGCAACCCGCAUGUCAUUCUCAUCAUAUCCUGGUGCAGUGACUAGCACAGAUGAUUUCUACAUGCUCAACAGUGGUCUUGUAGCUAUGGAAACCUCUCUUGUUGUCUUGGAUGCCAAUGUCUGGGACAAGGUCCUUGACUUCCCGCGGUUUCGCAGCAUCCCGAAUUUCAUGCACCUCAUGGCUGUAAACCGGCUUGCAAAGUCUGCAGCCGAUUGGGUGCAACUCUUCUCCAAGACCAACACCGGAACGUUUGCUGCGCAGUGGAUGGUCUCCGACUACAACCAGCUCUGGUUGCCUGACAGCACCUUCUGGGUGGUGGAAAUGAUUCCUGGAGUCUCAGAGAUGCGGGACAUGAGUGCAUACUUGCGGCAAAACAGGUACUGGGCAUCCUUCAAUCGACCCUUCUUUGCAAAGACUCGAGAGCUUUCUGGCUUUACCACUGCCGAGCGCACGCAUGGUGCACUCUAUUCGUAUCAGGGCAAUCCUCGCUCGGUGGCCUUUCAACUAGCAGCGCCUACAAUCAAUGCCUUGCAGGAGAUGCGGAGUGUCAUGACUCAAAACACGUAUCCGGCAAGUGCUGCUCCUAGUGACCCAGGGCAUCAGAUCUCCGCACGUAUGGAUUUGAGUCCCAUUCUCAAGUUUCCCAACGGUGGUAUCGAUGCGAAGGUGGUGAAUCGCUGCUUGCUGAAGAAGCUUCAGGCACAGGUGAUCAGCAGCCCGAGCCACCAAAUGCAAACGCCCUUCCAGUGGACUGCAGAUGAUGGUGCUUCUGGGGACUGGACAUUAGACUGCUUGCAUUUAUAG